AACAUUUUCAAUGGUGGACCUUUACUUGUAACAGAGGAUUUCUACAGUGUGGUAUCACUACUUGUACUUAAGUAAAAGAUCUGAGUACAUCUGUCACCACAGUGCAUUGGAUAAUACAGCUCCAGAUUCGAAAGACCAGGUAAAUACAAUGACAGAGAUACUAUUUCUAUAGAGGCGCUGCCUGAAAGCCCUUACAGAGGGAAACAAAGGCCCGCCCCUUUCAAGUCCAUGCUGCUUCAUGCAAUGAAAUCUUUCGGCUGCAGCCAGAGACCACGGAAGUUAGUUUUAUGGAGUUUCACGGACCGAGGACGUGUUAGUUCGUUUGUUGUGUUUGUGUAGAGAUGUUUGCGCUGCUGCAAACCUUACGGAGCGUUAGACACUGUGCAACAUUAACUACAAUGUCCAAAGAAGUUUCAGAGCUCUCGGUACCGGUCCCAUCGGGAGAGAUCAGAGGUCGCGUCUGGGGUCCUGAUCACGGUCGUCCUGUGCUGUGCCUGCACGGCUGGGCUGACAACUGUGGUACAUUCAACACCCUUAUUCCACUUCUGCCCAAAGAGUGCAGAUAUGUGGCUUUGGACCUGGCAGGUCACGGCCUGUCAUCUCAUCGUCCUGCUGGAGUUUCCUACUCUUUCCCUGCGUACGUGGCGGAUGUACGCAGAGUCGUUGACGCUCUGCAGCUGAAGAAAUUCUCCAUCAUAGGCCACAGUAUGGGUGCUGACAUUGCUGGAAUGUUCAGUGCACUGUAUCCUGAGAUGGUGGAUGCUCUUGUACUUCUGGACGCCUACGGAUUCCUACCUACAGACUCAGUACAAACCACUACUGAAAUAUCCAAAGUGAUGAGGCAGGGGAUGGAUGAGAUGCUUCAGUUUGAGAAGAAGACAGAAGAGAAGAAAAGAGUUUACACUUAUGAGAAGGCAGUUGAGAGGCUGUUGGCUGCAAACCCGACUCUGUCUGAACAGUCCGUGCACAUCCUUUUAGAGCGAGGUCUAGUUCAAGCUGAAGGAGCAGGAUUUGUGUUCUCCAGAGACCUGAGAGUUAAUUUUAAAAACAUAGCAUGCAUCAGUUUGGAGCAGGUUCUGGAGAUGCAGUCGAGGAUUCAAGCCUCUGUUCUUGUUGUUCUAGCAGACAAAGGUUUCGGUACAACGUUUCCAGAAUCAAACCAACAGAAACUUACCUCACUUCUCCAAGGCUAUCGUGAAAGAAAUCACACAGUGGUGACAGCACCAGGCGAUCAUCACAUCCAUCUGAGUAAUCCUGAAGUCGUUGCUCCACUUGUUUCUGACUUCCUGCAGACCAAAGUGCUCUCACAGCGGCUGCCAGCAUAGUGGACACACACACACACAUUUUCACUGUGAAAUUUCACACUUCAAGUCUCAGUACACUGUGCUCAUCAGAGCAGUCAUUAACACAAUAUUGUUAGUGCAUUUUUUCUGCCAUGAUAUGUAACUAUUUGAACAAUACUAUAAAGUUUCUUCAAGUUUCAAGUUUAUUUGUCACACAUUGUAAAAACUAAAAGUGCCAGUUGGGUACCCAAUGAACUUAAAAUUACAUUGAAGGUGCUUCAAGCAACCUUUCUGUAGGAUGAGGUUCCUGGAAGAACCCUCUGGAGCACUUGUCUUCAGCUCACAGCUUCUGGAGGAACCCUUUUUAAUUUGAGUGAGUCCUCGAGCACCUUCGAGAGGAACCAAGUGCCUAAAAGGGUUAUUUUCUAGGGUUACCCAAUGACCCCUUUUACUCAAGGAAGCUCCUGGAAGAACUGAGGUUUCUGUGACCAGCAUUCAUGACUGCAUUGGUCUACUGCAGUGUUUUCGUUGAUUUGAAAGGAAAUUACAACAAAAAUAAAAUAAUAAACUAAAUAAA